GGCUUCGAUUCUGGAUGGCAGAUGGAUUUUUAACCAAUCGCAGUCACCAAUGUAAACCGAGACGCAGUCACGUGAUCUUGCUCCUCGCAGACUCGAAAGGAUCAGAGAAAAUGGCCGACUCAUUGACAAAGUACGGUGUUUAUAUCGAUGAUUUGAGCAAAAUACGUGUUUUAGAGCCGGAAGCGGCUAAUCAAACGAACAAACUGAAAGAUGAGUGUCAGAGUUUCGUGUCCAAGAUUACUGAAUUUGAAAAAAGUUCUGAUGGAUUUAUCAGGAUAUUAGACAGUUUAGCGAAGGAAGUAGAAAGAGAGAAAAUGAGGACGAUCGGUGCACGGAAUCUAUUGCGUUCUGUAUCGAAGCAAAGAGAAGCACAGAAACAGCAAAUGCAGGCAUUGAUUUUGGAAAAGUCUGUGGAAUUGGAACGAUUACGAGUAGAGUAUGAUUCUUUAAAGAAGAUUGAACUGGAGCAGCUAGAAACUAUUGAGCAUUUAUCGUAUUCCGGAUGAUCUGCUUUUGGAAUCGAAAGAUCGAGACUCUCUUUCGCAUCAUUCACAUUAUUCUACGAAAAU